AUGACCUCCGCCUAUCGAGAGGAGAAGUUCGGCUACCAGACUGAUGGCUUGACGGAGCCUGUACCAGAAUACCAAGCCGGCCAAGAAUUCGGCCACCAUGGACAUAUCGCUGAGGACCAGCUACGACGUAGCCUGAGCGCGCGACAAGUCCAAAUGAUUGCAAUCGGAGGCACGAUAGGGACUGGACUGUUUCUUGGUACUGGCAAAGCCCUCUCGACUGGUGGACCUGCAUCGCUAUUGAUAUGCUAUUUUAUCGUGGGAUGUAUCGUCUUCGUGACUAUGCUCAGCUUGGGCGAGAUGGCCGCAUACGUACCUGUCGCUGGGUCUUUCUGCACUUUUGCUGGACGAUUCGUCGACGACUCUUUCGGCUUUGCACUGACCUGGAAUUACUGGUUCAAUGAUGCCGUCUCAACAGCUGCUGAUCUUGUCGCACUUCAGCUCGUACUGCAGUAUUGGACGGAUACCUUUCCUUGGUACGCCCUAGGACUUGUUGUAUGGGUCAUUAUCGUCCUGGCCAACAUCAUCAACGUACGAGCUUAUGGUGAGAUCGAGUACUGGCUGUCAUUGCUUAAGGUCCUGACGAUUGUGAUCUUCAUCAUCUUGAGUAUUGCAGUCAACGCAGGAGGCAACACGACGGGCACGUAUAUCGGCGGACGAAACUGGCGUAUCGAUGACGCACCCUUUGUUGGUGGCAUUGGUGGGUUUGCAUCCGUCUUCGUGACGGCAUCGUUCGCAUAUGGUGGUACGGAGUCGAUUGCAAUCACAGCUGGUGAGACUCGCGACCCAGCACGUCAGCUACCACGAGUCGUCAAGAAUGUGUUCUGGCGUAUCUUGCUAUUCUACGUUCUGUCAGCACUAAUGAUCGGCCUCAACGUCCCGUACAACUACCCAGGCCUAAGCACGAAGACUGCCAAGACUUCACCAUUCACCAUAGCUUUCACAAUGGCAGGAAGCAAGAUCGCCGGCUCAUUCGUGAAUGCAGUCAUCCUCACCUCCAUCGUCUCGGCUGGAAAUCAUGCUUUGUUCGCUGGUAGCAGACUGCUCUUCACCUUGGGCAUCAACGGUCAUGCUCCGAAAGUCUUCACUAAGCUGACACGCUUUCAAGUGCCUUGGGUUGCGGUCCUUUUCACAAGUAUAUGCUCUGGUCUAUUAUUUGGCGCAAGCUUCAUCGGAGCAGGGCAGCUAUGGACGUGGCUCCAGAAUAUCGUUGGUGUCUCGAAUCAAUUGUCCUGGAUCAGUAUCGGAAUUGCCUCCUUGCGCUUUCGAGCCGGUAUGAAAGUGCAAGGCAAAGAGCAUCUACUUCCGUUCAAAAAUUGGACAUAUCCGUGGGGCCCCGUAUUGGCUGUAGUUCUCAACAGUUUUCUGAUACUAGUGCAAGGCUGGAGUUGUUUCAGUCCUUCAUUCGCUCCUGUCGACUUCGUCAGCUACUACAUUGAGCUGCCCAUCAUGCUUAUCAUGAUCGUGGCAUGGAAGCUGAUCAAGGGGACCAAGUUCCAGAGAGCGAGUGAGAUGGAUUUAGUCACUGAUGUUUACACGAAAGAGGAUAUUGAGCCUGAAGAGAAGGGUUGGAAGGGUAAGGGGAAGCGAUUCGGGACACUUCUCUGCUUCUAG